GCCAAUGAUGUGUAUGGGUUUAACAUGGCGUGUAUGCGACCGCUGGUAAUCCAGGAGCCCACAGUGGACGUGGUGUCGGCCAGGCACGUGGUUACCAACUCGUGCCUCCUGAAGGAGGUGGACAUCAACACGUGUAAGAUCGAGGAUCUGCAGUUCACCUCGCCGUUCUGUCUGCAGUGUCGGCGUAACGACUACGUCCAUGCCCUGGUCUGCUUCUUCAACGUGGAGUUCACCAAGUGCCACAAACGCACCGGCUUUUCCACAGCCCCAGAAGCCCACUACACCCACUGGAAGCAGACAGUGUUCUACAUGGAGGACUACCUCACUGUGAAGCGGGGGGAGGAGAUCUACGGAACCUUCAACAUGAGGCCCAACAAGAGGAACAACAGAGACUUGGACUUCAGCAUCGACGUGGAGUUUAAGGGGGAGCUGGGAGAACUGUCUGCCUCCACCAACUACAAGAUGCGAUAGAGACGUGCCCAACCCCCCCUGCAAUAUUUCUGAAUGGUCUAGCCCAGCAUCGUCGCAGGGGAUUCUGGGAUAUGCCAUCCAGAAAGCAAGGAUGUAAGGACACUUUGACCUUUUUGACGGGUUCAAUUGCAUGCUGGGAAAUGCAGGGCACUAUGGGUAGCAUAAGGGGGAAAUAUCAUUACCGUGACAUUAUAGGUUACACAGUAUACUUUUGCUACCCAUAAUACACUGCAUCUCCCAGCAUGCCUUGGGAUCCGUGAGAAGGUCUAGUAGGCAACCGCAAAAAAAAUGACAACACUUGAAUAAUGAGACUUCCCAAAAACUGGUGAAAAGUUUUUGACUUCUAGUCCAUUUUUAGCAGUUUGAAAAGAAAAUCAGCAAUUUCUCACCAAGACCUAACCCUCUAACAAGAACAAGUCGUUCACAUAUUAUUUUGAUGUUGGAGAGAAACAUUUGAAAAUGGACAAAAACUUCUCUGAGAUAUUAGAAUUUUACAACAGGAAGGAGCAUUUACACAAAAGAUGAGCAUCAAAAA